AAUUUAUUUCAGAAUGUUCCGAUUCCUGAUUUUCGUUGGAAGCAUCGUCGCCGUAACUUAUGCUUACAGCGUUGGAGCACCGGCUCACGUCUGCGAAACCAUGAUGCCGGGUCAUGGGGUAGAUCCUCAGACGACGCCGUCGCCUUACGACAUCUUGUUGAGCAAAAAUUCCAUCCUGGGAGGAGAGUCAGUCACGGUCACCGUCAAGGGUCACGACCAGGAGCUGUUCAAGGGGAUAUUGAUUCAAGCACGUCUUGGCGACCAGAUCGUCGGAACUUUUGACGUCGAUCCUGCUGACACCAAAGUGAAAACGAUCGACUGUCCGAAGGGGGAAAGGAAUGCUGUUACUCACAAAAACGCGAAAAAUAAGUCUGAAGUUUCUGUAAAGUGGGUGGCACCCGCGGAUCUCGUCGGAAACGUCGUCUUCAAAGUUACCGUGGUCAAGGAGGCGAUAAUCUUUUGGGUCGCGCAGAGCUCGUCAACUCUUUCAGUCCGCCGUCAAUAAGCAUCAACAGAUUUCGAAAUCUAAGCGUGCGGAU